UGGUUGUGUGAGGAAAACCCCUUUGUAAUGUGAGAAUAAUACGUCUGAUAAUGGCAAAAAAGAUUGGUUCCUGAAAGUAUCAAACAUGCGAUUGCCCGUGCAUUCGAAAGCAUAUUUGGCCGUGAAUGCAAGUAGAUGUGAAUUGGCUUGCACGGAAAAUUGUUCUUGCACAGCUUAUGCUUAUAAUGGCAGUGGGUGUAUGAUAUGGGAAGGAGCCCUUUUCAACUUAUACCAACUCUCAGAUGGUGGGGAGAUUGGACAAGAUAUCUAUCUCAGACUUGCUGCUGCUGAUGAGCAUCGAAGUACCAAAGGCAAAAAAUGGAAAGUAUGGGUAGCUGUGCUAGUCCCUGCAACAGGUCUUAUCUUAUGCCUCUUCGUUUGAUUUGCAAGCAAAGGAAAGCUCAAAUGCAUACGU